AUGGAACUAAAUACCGGUUACUACCAUAUAAGGGAAGCCGUUCAACCUAUCCCCCACAGAGAGCGACAGAGGCGCGUUGGACGGAUGAGAGAGGAGCUCUUAGAAAACCACGAGUGCGACCAUCCAGGCCGCUUUCAGCGUAUUGAUGAAGGUCCGGGUAGGCGUGGAUUUGCCUGUGAGAUGUGUGGGGAUCGCCACUGGAAAUACAUCCUCCAGUGUCGCCCUUCUAAUAGACGAGACCGAGUGCCCCGCGAUCCAAUCUCACACACCAAAGUUGCUCCAGAUCACCUAUGGUCUCUAUGUCUGGAGCAGGCUCGGGCCACAGCUAGUCGACACGGUCUAAGGGUCGUACACUCUCAGCCCAUCUUCAAUAAGAGCCACGACGGACUGGGGGUGUUUUCAGACGAGUCUGGUGCGAUCCUACAGUCUAUUCGAGAGAAGCUGCAAAUCGGCAAGAAGUCCAAGAUUCCCAACGAGAUAUUGGUGAAGGAGCUCCAGGCGAGAGUCACCACCAUCGAGGGGGACAUGGGUCCCAUGACGGAGCAUAAAAAUCUCUCUGUCCUUGUCACCUUAGUACCACCAUUACAUAUAGCGUCUUUCGGCUGCUUCAAUUCCUCGAUCGAUGACUGCGUGGAUGGUACCGACCGCGGGGCCUGGGGCACCACUUGUCGCCACCUUGUUCGUCACGCUUCUCCCUCCCAGAGUACCAACAAGGCUGGCGGUACUGAGGGCCAGCAUCAACCACCAGACGUCCUUUAG